CUUCUGUUCACUGCAAUGCGAUAUGUUACCACGCGGAGCGCCAGCAUCGCUGGAGCGUUCUGUCAUCUUUUGCGUUUGUAAACAUGGCUGCUAAAUACAAUUGGUGUGUGGCGUCUACCACAAAAUUAAUUGAAAUGUAUGAAGCGGAUGAGGCGCUUUACAAUGUGAGGCACCCUGAAUAUAAAAACAGAUUAAGAAGAUUGGAGAGUUAUAAAAAUAUGGCAGAGAUUAUCAGCCGUUACAUACGGCCAGGAUGUACGGCCGAGGAUAUAAAGAGGAAGAUAAAUGGCCUCCGUACUAGCUACUCGUACGAGAAAGCAAAAAUGCAUAAAAGCAAAAGUGGAGCCAGUGCGCAGGCGGCGUAUACACCACAAGUGGACUGGUUUCAAAUGCUGAAAUUUCUAGACCAGUCAACAGAGGCCGACGAGAGUAUGUGCAAUUUGGAGAGCACGGAAAGUAAAACUGGAAGUGAACGUGCCACACCGACGUUUGAGGAAAUGUUUGCGCAUGAGAUGCAAGAGCCUGUCGCAUGUAGCGAGGCACAGCCCCUGCGUCAAGAGCGGCCUCCCACUAAAAAGAGGAAAGUCACGCCAGACGUGGCAACUAACGUCAUGGAGGAGGCCAGCAGGACACUUCAGGCUAUGGCUGAUGCUGCCAGAACCAUGCCUGUCCAUGAAGACCGCUACAGUACCCUUGGCGCCCACAUCGCAGCAGAACUGCGUGAAAUGGAAAGGGUGGGCGGCAGGGAAUACACCACUGCCACUAUGCACAGAUUUUAUAUGUAUGUAGAUACGUUUCAAAAGUCGUUCGGAAUGCGACGCAGAGUCGCAGUGUGGCCCCUCAAGGCGCAAAGUAACCCUGAUUUACGGGUGUCUUGUAGAAAAGCAGGGUCCAGUCUCCUGAUUUCACGUACAUAUGAACGAAUUUGUAGACAAUAUUCAUUUUCUCAUUCAUUACAGACUUGUGCAAUUUCUGUGCGCAAAUGACAAUCAUCUUUCGACGUUAACAGACGCAAUAGCAAUUUGUCACUUUUAUGAACUGAUAUGUUACACUUCAAGACAUGGACUUACAUUUUGGGGAAAUCAAUUGCUAGCAAUGAAAGUAUUCUUGGUCCAAAAACGUGUUGUAUGAAUAGUGAGUGGUGUUGCUUUUAAAUGUAGUUGUACAAAUCUUUUCUGGAAACCAAAAAGUCUUUUACUACUUCUCAAUUUGUAUUUUAACUUACGUGUUUCAUUGGUAAAAAUACUGGGUUGUACAAAAGAAAUAAUAUCACGAACACAAUACAAGGAGAAAGCAUAAUUUACACAGUGAUUGCAAGUCUGGCCGUGGUGCUGGAGUGUGUGCAGUAUACUGACACAAAAGUUUGAAAUGCUAUCCCUCCAGAUGUUAACUGCAAGUUUGGUAACAAGUCCAUGUUUAAGAAGCCUCUGACCCCAUUUAUCCUGGAAAAGGUAUUUUACACUUCAGAUGUGUCUUUUAGUCGUAGAGAAAAAGCCGCAUAGAACUUAGCAAAUAUGCGUAUGAAUCAAUAUAAUGUAAGAUUGAAAAAUUAUGUAGAUACGCGUUUUUUAUUUUUAAUUCUUUAUGUUUAGUUCAUGUAUAAUGUAACUGUGAUCUGGUAUGACAAUUUUCUUCUUUAUACCAUUAUUUCCCAUGUAUUGAUAUGUUUAGAAAGAGCAUACGGAUCGUCAUCUACAACUUAAAAGAAGACAUAUUCCCUAUCCUUAUGGGCUUGUCACAAAAGGAAAGAAAUAAAUAAAAAAGAAAUAAUAAGGACCCUA